AUUCUAGCGCGAAUAUGCCGAAAAUUAAUUUUUAAAAGAAAUAUUGAAAUUUUAAAUUGAAUUUAAAACAAACGCUGUAUAAAUUCUGGUAGUAAAAGAUUAAAAAAAAAAUUACAAUAUAAAAUUUAAUUUCGAUCAAAAUAAAAUCAAAUCAAUAUUCUACAUUUCAUAAUAUUAUAAUUCCUUUUUUUUUGCUUAUAUUUAAAUGUUGUUUUAAUAUUAUUUUUUACAGUUUCUGUUUAGUAAUGUGUGGAAUGAUUUUGUGUCUAUUCGUUAAUUGGGAAUUUUAAUUAGUUCAUAAUAGUUUUAAUGAUUAUCAACAUUUUAAUUAGUUCAUAAUAGUUUUAAUGAUUAUCAACAAGGUUUGCGAGAGUGCGAAACCUGAUAAUUAUUAAGUGCUUCAUAAAUAAUAAACAAAUAAGCAUGCCAAAGAAAGCUUAAAGUUGUAAGUAAAUAAAUAUUUUCAUUGAAAAACACUUGUUUUUAGAGGAUGCCAGGAAAACGAUUUUUCAAUAGGACCAAGAUGAAAUCAGUUGGCCAUAAAGGAAAAUAUCCCAUGCCAACAAAGACUUUUCAGGGGAAUUUAAGGACCCCUGAAGGACAUGCCAACAAAAGGUCAACAUUGAGUUUAUCAUGCACAAAACAUCUGCUUCCUCUAUAUUUGAAAUCGCCCGGUAAUAUAGUCUACACAACUAUAUCAAAGACUGUAUUUUCAUCAAAAGCAGAAUUCCAAGCUCCACUUUUUUCAUCAGCGAGGCUAGGACUAAGAUUAAAAAUUGAAAAAGUUUCUCAGACUGUUUCAAAUGCACUAAAACUACUGCUUAGAACAAAAGUUAGCAGCAUUUAUUCAGUAACUGGACCUCCUGCUGAUCAGGGUCACCUGAGAAAAACAUCAUCGACUAAGAAAUUUUACACGCAGAAAUUCCAAAAUUUAAACGUGGGCAAGCCUCCAUCCACCCUUAGAAGUAGUUUGCUCACCUUACCUUUGAACAAACUAUCGUCAUCGGUUAGGAGGUCGAUUUGGGCAGGUCGCUUACCACCAGAUUAUAUAAAAAUACCGUUACCUAAUUUACAAACUCAACCAGUAUAUGCUACAGAUAACUUUAAAUCAAUGACAGAACCAAAAAGCUUUUCAACUUUCACAUCAUCAAUGGACGAAGAACGUACACCAGAAACCAGAAACAAAAAUAACAAAAAAUCAUUGCAAUUGCCAGAAGCCCUGCCUAUAUCAUCGUCAACCAAAAGAUUGGAAAGUUCGGGGACCAAACCAAUUAUAAUGCCCCGAAUAUCACGUUAUUCGGGACAGUUCUUUCGGGCUGGGGACGAAGAAGUAUCACCAAAAAAAGCAUUGACCUCAACACCCCGUUCACAAUCAGUUCCAAAUAUCACAGAGUCUACUGAGAAUGCAUCAUCCACGGCUUCGAUAUGGAUGAGUACUAUAAUCGAGUACUCUGAAAAUACAAAUAAAAAACCCAUAUCCACAACACAGACAAUAAUACCUUCAUCAAUACGCCUUCCUAGCACUCCUUCAUUCAUACCAUCGAUAAACAAAACUUCAGAAAAAUCCUCUGCGCUACCAUUCAUUGGUAGCGGACCACCAGGAAGUGGCCAAACAGAAGAAACAAAACCAGUCUCAAUGAACGAUUUAGCUCAUUUACUCAGUACUUCUGAAAAAACACGCACGGAACCGGAUGCUUCAGUAGAGUCACUCGUAUCUCUUAAAAGUUCAGCGUUUCCAUUCACUACGACCGAGCCACCAGGAGGUGGCCAAACAGAAGUAUCACCACAGGUCUCAGGCGACUGGACAGAAAGAGGAAUUCUCACGUCCGAUUUAAUUCAUACACUCAGUACUCCUGAAGAAGAUCUUACGGAACUGGAGUCCUCAGUAGAGUCUUUCGCUUCUCUUAGAAGUUCAGUACCACCAUAUACUACGACUGAGCAACCAGAAGGUGGUCAACUAGAGGGACCACCAACAGCCUCAGCGGACUCGACAGAAAAAGGUAUUCUGACGUCCGAUACAACUCAAUUACUCACUACGUCUGAAGAGCAACAUACGGAGCCGGAUGCUUCAGUAGAGUCACUCGCAUCUCUAAAAAGUUCAGCGCUUCCAUUCACCACGAUCGAACCACCAGAAGGUGGCCAAACAGAAGUAUCACCACAGGUCUCAGGCGACUCGACAGAAAGAGGAAUUCUCACGUCCGAUUUAAUUCAUACACUCAGUACUCCUGAAGAAAAACGUACGGAGCCGGAUGCUUCAGUAGAGUCACUCGCAUCUCUUAAAAGCUCAGCGCUUCCAUUCAAUAGGAUCGAACCACCAGAAGGUGGCCAAACAGAAGUAUCACAACCAGUCUCAGUCGACUCGACAGAAAGAGGAACUCUCACGUCCGAUUUAGUUCAUAAACUCAGUACUCCUGAAGAAAAUCUUACGGAACUGGAGUCCUCAGUAGAGUCCUUCGCUUCUCUUAAAAGUUCAGUACUACCAUAUACUACGACUGAGCCACCAGAAGGUGGUCAACUAGAGGGACCACCAACAGUCUCAGCGGACUCGACAGAAAGAGGAAUUCUCACGUCCGAUUUAAUUCAUACACUCAGUACUCCUGAAGAAAAACGUACGGAGCCGGAUGCUUCAGUAGAGUCACUCGCAUCUCUUAAAAGCUCAGCGCUUCCAUUCAAUAGGAUCGAACCACCAGAAGGUGGCCAAACAGAAGUAUCACAACCAGUCUCAGCCGACUUGACAGAAAGAGGAAUUCUCACGUCCGAUUUAAUUCAUACACUCAGUACUCCUGAAGAAAAACGUACGGAUCCCGAUGCUUCAGUAGAGUCACUCGAAUUUCUUAAAAGUUCAGCGCUUCCAUUCAAAAGGAUCGAACCACCAGAAGGUGGCCAAACAGAAGUAUCACAACCAGUCUCAGCCGACUUGACAGAAAGAGGAAUUCUCACGUCCGAUUUAAUUCAUACACUCAGUACUCCUGAAGAAAAACGUACGGAUCCCGAUGCUUCAGUAGAGUCACUCGAAUUUCUUAAAAGCUCAGCGCUUCCAUUAAAUAGGAUCGAACCACCAGAAGGUGGCCAAACAGAAGUAUCACAACCAGUCUCAGUCGACUCGACAGAAAGAGGAAUUCUCACGUCCGAUUUAAUUCAUACACUCAGUACUCCUGAAGAAGAUCUUACGGAACUGGAGUCCUCAGUAGAGUCUUUCGCUUCUCUUAGAAGUUCAGUACCACCAUAUACUACGACUGAGCCACCAGAAGGUGGUCAACUAGAGGGACCACCAACAGCCUCAGCGGACUCGACAGAAAAAGGUAUUCUGACGUCCGAUACAACUCAAUUACUCACUACGUCUGAAGAGCAACAUACGGAGCCGGAUGCUUCAGUAGAGUCACUCGCAUCUCUAAAAAGUUCAGCGCUUCCAUUCACCACGAUCGAAAUACCAGAAGGUGGCCAAACAGAAGUAUCACAACCAGUCUCAGCCGACUUGACAGAAAGAGGAAUUCUCACGUCCGAUUUAAUUCAUACACUCAGUACUCCUGAAGAAAAACGUACGGAUCCCGAUGCUUCAGUAGAGUCACUCGAAUUUCUUAAAAGUUCAGCGCUUCCAUUCAAUAGGAUCGAACCACCAGAAGGUGGCCAAACAGAAGUAUCACAACCAGUCUCAGCCGACUUGACAGAAAGAGGAAUUCUCACGUCCGAUUUAAUUCAUACACUCAGUACUCCUGAAGAAAAACGUACGGAUCCCGAUGCUUCAGUAGAGUCACUCGAAUUUCUUAAAAGCUCAGCGCUUCCAUUAAAUAGGAUCGAACCACCAGAAGGUGGCCAAACAGAAGUAUCACAACCAGUCUCAGUCGACUCGACAGAAAGAGGAAUUCUCACGUCCGAUUUAAUUCAUACACUCAGUACUCCUGAAGAAGAUCUUACGGAACUGGAGUCCUCAGUAGAGUCUUUCGCUUCUCUUAGAAGUUCAGUACCACCAUAUACUACGACUGAGCCACCAGAAGGUGGUCAACUAGAGGGACCACCAACAGCCUCAGCGGACUCGACAGAAAAAGGUAUUCUGACGUCCGAUACAACUCAAUUACUCACUACGUCUGAAGAGCAACAUACGGAGCCGGAUGCUUCAGUAGAGUCACUCGCAUCUCUAAAAAGUUCAGCGCUUCCAUUCACCACGAUCGAAAUACCAGAAGGUGGCCAAACAGAAGUAUCACAACCAGUCUCAGCCGACUUGACAGAAAGAGGAAUUCUCACGUCCGAUUUAAUUCAUACACUCAGUACUCCUGAAGAAAAACGUACGGAUCCCGAUGCUUCAGUAGAGUCACUCGAAUUUCUUAAAAGCUCAGCGCUUCCAUUCAAUAGGAUCGAACCACCAGAAGGUGGCCAAACAGAAGUAUCACAACCAGUCUCAGUCGACUCGACAGAAAGAGGAACUCUCACGUCCGAUUUAGUUCAUAAACUCAGUACUCCUGAAGAAAAUCUUACGGAACUGGAGUCCUCAGUAGAGUCCUUCGCUUCUCUUAAAAGUUCAGUACUACCAUAUACUACGACUGAGCCACCAGAAGGUGGUCAACUAGAGGGACCACCAACAGUCUCAGCGGACUCGACAGAAAGAGGAAUUCUCACGUCCGAUUUAAUUCAUACACUCAGUACUCCUGAAGAAAAACGUACGGAGCCGGAUGCUUCAGUAGAGUCACUCGCAUCUCUUAAAAGCUCAGCGCUUCCAUUCAAUAGGAUCGAACCACCAGAAGGUGGCCAAACAGAAGUAUCACAACCAGUCUCAGCCGACUUGACAGAAAGAGGAAUUCUCACGUCCGAUUUAAUUCAUACACUCAGUACUCCUGAAGAAAAACGUACGGAUCCCGAUGCUUCAGUAGAGUCACUCGCAUCUCUUAAAAGCUCAGCGCUUCCAUUCAAUAGGAUCGAACCACCAGAAGGUGGCCAAACAGAAGUAUCACAACCAGUCUCAGUCGACUCGACAGAAAGAGGAACUCUCACGUCCGAUUUAGUUCAUAAACUCAGUACUCCUGAAGAAAAUCUUACGGAACUGGAGUCCUCAGUAGAGUCCUUCGCUUCUCUUAAAAGUUCAGUACUACCAUAUACUACGACUGAGCCACCAGAAGGUGGUCAACUAGAGGGACCACCAACAGUCUCAGCGGACUCGACAGAAAGAGGAAUUCUCACGUCCGAUUUAAUUCAUACACUCAGUACUCCUGAAGAAAAACGUACGGAGCCGGAUGCUUCAGUAGAGUCACUCGCAUCUCUUAAAAGUUCAGCGCUUCCAUUCACCACGAUCGAACCACCAGAAGGUGGCCAAACAGAAAUAUCACCCAAAGUCUCAGCCGACUUGACAAAAAGAGGAAUUCUCACGUCCGAUUUAAUUCAUACACUCAGUACUCCUGAAGAAAAACGUACGGAGCCGGAUGCUUCAGUAGAGUCACUCGCAUCUCUUAAAAGUUCAGCGCUUCCAUUCACCACGACCGAACCACCCGAAGGUGGCCAAACAGAAGUAUCACCACCAGUCUCAGUCGACUCGACAGAAAGAGAAAUUCUUACAUCCAAUUUAAUUGAUACACUCAGUACUCCUGUAGAAAAUCUUACGGAACUGGAGUCCUCUGUAGAGUCUUUCGCUUCUCUUAGAAGUUCAGUACCACCAUAUACUAAGAGUGAGCCACCAGAAGGUGGUCAACUAGAGGGACCACCAACAGCCUCAGCGGACUCGACAAAAAAAGGACUUCUGACGUCCGAUACAACUCAAUUACUCACUACUUCUGAAGAGCAACAUACGGAGCCGGAUGCUUCAGUAGAGUCACUCGCAUCUCUUAAAAGUUCAGCGCUUCCAUUCACCACGAUCGAACCACCAGAAGGUGGCCAAACAGAAGUAUCACCACAGGUCUCAGGCGACUCGACAGAAAGAGGAAUUCUCACGUCCGAUUUAAUUCAUACACUCAGUACUCCUGAAGAAAAACGUACGGAGCCGGAUGCUUCAGUAGAGUCACUCGCAUCUCUUAAAAGUUCAGCGCUUCCAUUCACCACGACCGAACCACCCGAAGGUGGCCAAACAGAAGUAUCACCACCAGUCUCAGUCGACUCGACAGAAAGAGAAAUUCUUACAUCCAAUUUAAUUGAUACACUCAGUACUCCUGUAGAAAAUCUUACGGAACUGGAGUCCUCUGUAGAGUCUUUCGCUUCUCUUAGAAGUUCAGUACCACCAUAUACUACGAGUGAGCCACCAGAAGGUGGUCAACUAGAGGGACCACCAACAGCCUCAGCGGACUCGACAGAAAAAGGACUUCUGACGUCCGAUACAACUCAAUUACUCACUACUUCUGAAGAGCAACAUACGGAGCCGGAUGCUUCAGUAGAGUCACUCGCAUCUCUAAAAAGUUCAGCGCUUCCAUUCACCACGAUCGAACCACCAGAAGGUGGCCAAACAGAAGUAUCACCACAGGUCUCAGGCGACUCGACAGAAAGAGGAAUUCUCACGUCCGAUUUAAUUCAAACACUCAGUACUCCUGAAGAAAAACGUACGGAGCCGGAUGCUUCAGUAGAGUCACUCGCAUCUCUUAAGAGUUCAGCGUUUCCAUUCAAUACGAUCGAACAACCAGAAGGCGCCCAAACAGAAGUAUCACCCAAAGUCUCAGCCGACUCGACAAAAAGAGGAAUUCUCACGUCCGAUUUAAUUCAUACACUCAGUACUCCUGAAGAAAAACGUACGGAACCGGAUGCUUCAGUAGAGUCACUCGCAUCUCUUAAAAGUUCAGCGCUUCCAUUCACCACGACCGAACCACCCGAAGGUGGCCAAACAGAAGUAUCACCACCAGUCUCAGUCGACUCGACAGAAAGAGAAAUUCUUACAUCCAAUUUAAUUGAUACACUCAGUACUCCUGAAGAAAAUCUUACGGAACUGGAGUCCUCAGUACAGUCUUUCGCUUCUCUUAGAAGUUCAGUACCACCAUAUACUACGAGUGAGCCACCAGAAGGUGGUCAACUAGAGGGACCACCAACAGCCUCAGCGGACUCGACAGAAAAAGGACUUCUGACGUCCGAUACAACUCAAUUACUCACUACUUCUGAAGAGCAACAUACGGAGCCGGAUGCUUCAGUAGAGUCACUCGCAUCUCUAAAAAGUUCAGCGCUUCCAUUCACCACGAUCGAACCACCAGAAGGCGCCCAAACAGAAGUAUCACCACAGGUCUCAGGCGACUCGACAGAAAGAGGAAUUCUCACGUCCGAUUUAAUUCAUACACUCAGUACUCCUGAAGAAAAACGUACUGAGCCGGAUGCUUCAGUACAGUCACUCGCAUCUCUUAAAAGUUCUGCGCUUCCAUUCACCACGACCGAACCACCCGAAGGUGGCCAAACAGAAGUAUCACCAACAGUCACAGUCGACUCGACAGAAAGAGAAAUUCUUACAUCCAAUUUAAUUGAUACACUCAGUACUCCUGAAGAAAAACAUACGGAGCCGGAUGCUUCAGUAGAGUCACUCGCAUCUCUAAAAAGUUCAGCGCUUCCAUUCACCACGAUCGAACCACCAGAAGGUGGCCAAACAGAAGUAUCACCACCAGUCUCAGUCGACUCGACAGAAAGAGGAAUUCUUACAUCCAAUUUAAUUGAUACACUCAGUACUCCUGAAGAAAAACAUACGGAGCCGGAUGCUUCAGUAGAGUCACUCGCAUCUCUAAAAAGUUCAGCGCUUCCAUUUACCACGAUCGAACCACCAGAAGGUGGCCAAACAGAAGUAUCACCACCAGUCUCAGUCGACUCGACAAAAAGAGGAAUUCUCACGUCCGAUUUAGUUCAUACACUCAGUACUCCUGAAGAAAAACGUACGGAGCCGGAUGCUUCAGUAGAGUCACUCGCAUCUCUUAAAAGUUCAGCGCUUCCAUUUACCACGAUCGAACUACCAGAAGGUGGCCAAACAGAAAUGUCACCACCAGUCUCAGUCGACUCGACAGAAAGAGGAAUUCUUACAUCCAAUUUAAUUGAUACACUCAGUACUCCUGAAGAAAAACAUACGGAGCCGGAUGCUUCAGUAGAGUCACUCGCAUCUCUUAAAAGUUCAGCGCUUCCAUUUACCACGAUCGAACCACCAGAAGGUGGCCAAACAGAAGUAUCACCACCAGUCUCAGUCGACUCGACAGAAAGAGGAAUUCUCACGUCCGAUUUAGUUCAUACACUCAGUACUCCUGAAGAAAAACAUACGGAGCCGGAUGCUUCAGUAGAGUCACUCGCAUCUCUUAAAAGUUCAGCGCUUCCAUUUACCACGAUCGAACUACCAGAAGGUGGCCAAACAGAAAUAUCACCACCAGUCUCAGUCGACUCGACAGAAAGAGGAUUUCUUACAUCCAAUUUAAUUGAUACACUCAGUACUCCUGAAGAAAAACAUACGGAGCCGGAUGCUUCAGUAGAGUCACUCGCAUCUCUUAAAAGUUCAGCGCUUCCAUUUACCACGAUCGAACCACCAGAAGGUGGCCAAACAGAAGUAUCACCACCAGUCUCAGUCGACUCGACAGAAAGAGGAAUUCUCACGUCCGAUUUAGUUCAUACACUCAGUACUCCUGAAGAAAAACAUACGGAGCCGGAUGCUUCAGUAGAGUCACUCGCAUCUCUAAAAAGUUCAGCGCUUCCAUUCACCACGAUCGAACCACCAGAAGGUGGCCAAACAGAAGUAUCACCACCAGUCUCAGUCGACUCGACAGAAAGAGGAAUUCUUACAUCCAAUUUAAUUGAUACACUCAGUACUCCUGAAGAAAAACAUACGGAGCCGGAUGCUUCAGUAGAGUCACUCGCAUCUCUUAAAAGUUCAGCGCUUCCAUUUACCACGAUCGAACCACCAGAAGGUGGCCAAACAGAAGUAUCACCACCAGUCUCAGUCGACUCGACAGAAAGAGGAAUUCUCACGUCCGAUUUAGUUCAUACACUCAGUACUCCUGAAGAAAAACAUACGGAGCCGGAUGCUUCAGUAGAGUCACUCGCAUCUCUUAAAAGUUCAGCGCUUCCAUUUACCACGAUCGAACUACCAGAAGGUGGCCAAACAGAAAUAUCACCACCAGUCUCAGUCGACUCGACAGAAAGAGGAAUUCUUACAUCCAAUUUAAUUGAUACACUCAGUACUCCUGAAGAAAAACAUACGGAGCCGGAUGCUUCAGUAGAGUCACUCGCAUCUCUUAAAAGUUCAGCGCUUCCAUUUACCACGAUCGAACCACCAGAAGGUGGCCAAACAGAAGUAUCACCACCAGUCUCAGUCGACUCGACAGAAACAGGAAUUCUCACGUCCGAUUUAGUUCAUACACUCAGUACUCCUGAAGAAAAACAUACGGAGCCGGAUGCUUCAGUAGAGUCACUCGCAUCUCUUAAAAGUUCAGCGCUUCCAUUUACCACGAUCGAACUACCAGAAGGUGGCCAAACAGAAAUAUCACCACCAGUCUCAGUCGACUCGACAGAAAGAGGAUUUCUUACGUCCGAUUUAAUUCAUACACUCAGUACUCCUGAAGAAAAACGUACGGAAACGGAUGUUUCAGUAGAGUCACUCGUAUCUCUUAAGAGUUCUGCGCUUCCAUUCACCACGAUCGAACCACCAGAAGGUGGCCAAACCGAACUAUCACCACCAGUCUCAGUCGACUCGACAGAAAGAGGAAUUCUCACGUCCGAUUUAAUUCAUUUUCUUAGUACUUCUGAAGAAAAACGUACGGAACCGGAUGCUUCAGUAGAGUCUCUCGCAUCUUCUACAAUUUCAGCGCUUCCAUUCACCACGAUCGAACCACCAGGAGGUGGCCAAACAGAAGUAUCACCCCAAAUCUCAGUGGACUCUACAGAAAGAGGAGUUCCUACUUCCGAUUUAAUUCAGUUACCCACUACUUCUGAAGAAAAACAUUCGGAACCGGAUCCUUCAGAAGAUUCAUUCGCAUCUCCUGAAAGUUCAGCUCUUCCAUUCACUACGAUCGAACCACCAGAAGAUGGCCAGGCAGGGGUAUCACAUUUUGUUUCAGUGGACUCGACAGAAGUAGGAAUUCAUACGUCUGAUUUUAUUAGUUUACUCAGUACAUCUAAAGAGAAAAGUACGGAACCGGGUCCUUCAGUAGAGUCACUCUCAUCUCAUAAAAGUGCAGCGUCUCCAUUCACCACGAUCGAAGCACCAGAAGGUGGCCAAACAGAGGUAUCACCCCCAAUCUCAGUGCACUUUACAGAAAGAGAAGAUUUUACGUCCGAUUUAAUUCAUUUACCCACUACUUCUGAAGAAAAAUAUACGGAGCCGGAUCCUUCAUUAGAUUUAUUCGCAUCUCCUGAAAGUUCAGUUCCUCCAAUCACUUCGAUCGAACCACCAGAAGUUGGCCAAACAGGGGUAUCACAUCUUGUUUCAGUGGACUCGACAGAGGUAGGAAUUCAUACGUCUGAUUUAAUUAGUUUUCUCAGUACUUCUGAAGAGAAAAGUACGGAUCCGGAUCCUUCAGAAGAUUCACUCGCAUCUCCUGAAAGUUCAGUUCUUCCAUUCACUACGAUCGAACCACCAGAAGAUGGCCAAACAGGGAUGUCACAUCUUGUUUCAGUGGACUCGACAGAAGUAGGAAUUCAUACGUCUGAUUUAAUUAGUUUACUUAGUACUUCUGAAGAGAAAAGUAUGGAUCCGGAUCAUUCAGUAGAUUCACUCGCAUCUCCUGAAAGUUCAAUUCUACCAUUCACUACUAUCGAACCACCAGAAGAUGGCCAAACAGGGAUAUCACAUCUUGUUUCAGUGGACUCGACAGAAGUAGGAAUUCAUACGUCUGAUUUAAUUAGUUUACUCAGUACUUCUGAAGAGCAAAGUACGGAACUCGAUUCUUCAGAAUAUUCAUUCGCAUCUCCUGAAAGUUCAGUUCUUCCAUUCAUUUCGAUCGAACCACCAGAAGAUGGCCAGGCAGGGAUAUCACAUCUUGUUUCAGUGGACUCGACAGAAGUAGGAAUUCAUACGUCUGAUUUAAUUAGUUUACUCAGUACAUCUGAAGAGAAAAGUACGGAACCCGAUCCUUCAGUAUAUACAUUCGCAUCUCCUGAAAGUUCAGUUCUUCCAUUCACUUCGAUCGAACCACCAGAAGUUGGCCAAACAGGGAUAUCACAUCUUGUUUCAGUGGACUCGACAGAAUUAGGAAUUCAUACGUCUGAUUUAAUUAGUUUACUCAGUACUUCUGAAGAGAAAAGUACGGAACCCGAUCCUUCAGUAGAUUCAUUCGCAUCUCCUGAAAGUUCAGUUCUUCCAUUUACUUCGAUCGAACCACCAGAAGAUGGCCAAACAGGUAUAUCACAUCUUGUUUCAGUGGACUCGACAGAAGUAGGAAUUCAUACGUCUGAUUUAAUUAGUUUACUUAGUACUUCUGAAGAGAAAAGUAUGGAUCCGGAUCAUUCAGUAGAUUCACUCGCAUCUCCUGAAAGUUCAAUUCUACCAUUCACUACUAUCGAACCACCAGAAGAUGGCCAAACAGGGAUAUCACAUCUUGUUUCAGUGGACUCGACAGAAAUAGGAGUUCUUACGUCCGAUUUAAUUAGUUUACUCAGUACUUCUGAAGAGCAAAGUACGGAAUCCGAUCCUUCAGAAUAUUCAUUCGCAUCUCCUGAAAGUUCAGUUCUUCCAUUCACUUCGAUCGAACCACCAGAAGAUGGCCAAACAGGGAUAUCACAUCUUGUUUCAGUGGACUCGACAGAAGUAGGAAUUCAUACGUCUGAUUUAAUUAGUUUACUCAGUACAUCUGAAGAGAAAAGUACGGAACCCGAUCCUUCAGUAUAUACAUUCGCAUCUCCUGAAAGUUCAGUUCUUCCAUUCACUUCGAUCGAACCACCAGAAGUUGGCCAAACAGGGAUAUCACAUCUUGUUUCAGUGGACUCGACAGAAUUAGGAAUUCAUACGUCUGAUUUAAUUAGUUUACUCAGUACUUCUGAAGAGAAAAGUACGGAACCCGAUCCUUCAGUAGAUUCAUUCGCAUCUCCUGAAAGUUCAGUUCUUCCAUUUACUUCGAUCGAACCACCAGAAGAUGGCCAAACAGGUAUAUCACAUCUUGUUUCAGUGGACUCGACAGAAGUAGGAAUUCAUACGUCUGAUUUUAUUAGUUUACUCAGUACCUCUGAAGAGAAAAGUACGGACCCCGAUCCUUCAGUAUAUUCAUUCGCAUCUCCUGAAAGUUCAGUUCUUCCAUUCACUUCGAUCGAACCACCAGAAGAUGGCCAAACAGGGGUAUCACAUCUCGUUUCAGUGGACUCGACAGAAGUAGGAAUUCAUACGUCUGAUUUAAUUAGUUUACUCAGUACACCUGAAGAGAAAAGUACGGAACCCGAUCAUUCAGUAGAUUCAUUCGCUUCUCUGAAAAGUUCAGAGCUUCCAUUUACUACGAUCGAACUACCAGAAGAUGGCCAAACAGGGAUAUCACAUCUAGUUUCAGUGGACUCGACAGAAGUAGGAAUUCAUACGUCUGAUUUUAUUAGUUUACUCAGUACUUCUGAAGAGAAAAGUACGGAACCCGAUCCUUCAGUAUAUUCAUUCGUAUCUCCUGAAAGUUCAGUUCUUCCAUUCACUUCGAUCGAACCACCAGAAGAUGGCCAAACAGGGGUAUCACAUCUCGUUUCAGUGGACUCGACAGAAGUAGGAAUUCAUACGUCUGAUUUAAUUAGUUUACUCAGUACAUCUGAAGAGAAAAGUACGGAACCCGAUCAUUCAGUAGAUUCAUUCGCUUCUCUGAAAAGUUCAGAGCUUCCAUUUACUACGAUCGAACUACCAGAAGAUGGCCAAACAGGGAUAUCACAUCUUGUUUCGGUGGACUCGACAGAAGUAGGAAUUCAUACGUCUGAUUUAAUUAGUUUACUCAGUACUUCUGAAGAGAAAAGUACGGAACCCGAUCCUUCAGUAGAUUCAUUCGCAUCUCCUGAAAGUUCAGUUCUUCCAUUUACUUCGAUCGAACCACCAGAAGAUGGCCAAAUUGGUACCUCCGAUUUAAGCGAUAUACUCAGUACUGCGAAAGAAAGAAGUUUGGAACCGGAUUCUUCUGGCCAACCUGGGGGAUCACUACCAGUGAGUGGCCACACCUGGGGGCCCGAUAUGAAAUCCGAUGAAGUAUCACCGGAAUUGGCAAGUACCAUCCAAACCCAGAAAACUUAUGGAACAAAAAGCAGAUAUAAAGUUAGACCACCACUCAGGAUAUGUUAUGAUGUGAAAUAUAAACAUAAACCGCAAUGUCAAAAAAAAAACAGAAGGUUCAUGGUUCACAAACGUUGCAGUAUCUUGUAAAAUUUUAGGUUAUGGUUGCGACUAUAUUCUGACUUGAUACGCAAUUUAAAUUAGUGAUAUUUUUGUUAAAAUUAAAUGAUAAGUGUAAGGCAAGUCAUUAACUCCAUUAUCAACAUACAUUUUUGUCGCACAAAUAUGUUGGUUGUUUGUCUAUGAAAUACACAAAAGUGAUUUCCGCUGGUCCAUUUUAAUUGUUUUUAUGUUUUCAUAAUUUCCACAAAUCCUUUUUGUGGUCGAAAUUAGCUUGGUUUUUCUCAGCGCUUGCAAGAAAUGUAUAAUGUUGCGUUUGCGACAAUUAAGAAUGGUAAAUGCUACCUUGCUAUCAAAUGCUUACCCCUAACAAAACUGGUAACUCUUUGGCCGGAAACUCGGCAACGAUACAAAUCAAAAAUAAUAAUUAAACAAUAAGAAUCCAAAAUAAUAAUUACUCAUUAAAAAUA